AUGUCGAUCAAGGUUGCACUUGUCGGAGCCAGCGGCAACAUUGGCCCUGCAGUCCUCGAGCAGCUGCUUAAUUCUGGUUUCGAUGUUACUGUCCUGACUCGCCAGGGCAGUGACCAUACAUUCGAUUCUCGCGCCCGCGUCACAAAAGUGGACUAUGAGUCCCUUGACUCGAUUAAGAAUGCUUUGGCAGACCAAGAGAUCGCUGUCAGUACUCUAAACGUCGGCGGUGUACCACUUGCAAUCCACCUUCGCAUAAUCGACGCUGCAGUCGCGGCAGGAGUGAAGCGAUUCAUUCCCUCUGAGUUUGGAUCCAACACCGUCAACCCUCAGACAGCCAAGCUCCCCGUCUUUGCAGACAAGAUCAAAGUCCAAGAUCAUCUGAAGACAGUGUCUCGGGAUUCCGGUCUCAGUUACUCUUUCCUCAUCACUGGUCCUUUCCUCGAUUGGGGUAUUCAGCACAACUUCAUUCUUAACCUGUCCGGUCCUGUGGUUCCCCUUUAUGAUGGCGGCGAUCGCCCAUUCUCGUCCACUACUCUCAGCGGUGUGGGCAAGGGUGUUGUCGGUAUAAUUAAGAAUCUCGAUGUCACCAAGAACACUGCCGUCUAUAUCGAGGAGGCAAGAGUAUCCCAGAAGCAACUUCUCCAAUUGUCUGGCAAGACCCUUGAUACCGAGAAUAUCGCGACCGCGGAUCUGGAAAAGGAAGGCUACGAGGAGCUCACGAAACCGUCACCGAACCCGGCAAUUAUUGCAACCCGUUUCAUUUGGAGGGCUAUCUUCGGCGAAGGGUUCGGUGCGCUAUACGAGACUCAGGAACUUUCCAAUGAUCUGUUUGGUCUGAAGUCUCUAUCUGAAGAUGAACUUCGGGGACUUUUUGCCAAAUAG